CGCUCUCCCAGUUCAGACGUGUAAAUUUUGCCGCCGCCUGCGCCGAAACUUUUCCGAAUACGAUCUCGUCACGAAUCUAACUUGGUGGGUUUUAAGUUCUAUGAAGUUUGUUGUGAUGUGAGAGUUGGUUUUGAAAGAGAUUUAGGUGAAGUGAGGCUUGAGCGUCGUCGCUGCUCCGGAUUACUGGGUACUAGUGUGCGAACUCAACUGGAAUAAAAGGUCGGAAGCAUCAAUGGCAGAUGAAAGUUGAAAAAACAUUUCUCCAUCAGAGGUGUUGAUGACGAUGUAACGCCAAGCCCUUUACAUUUAAAGAUUCGACCGCAGAAAUAUCGACAAUAGCAAUUCCGCUCGGAGCUGCAGCGCAGUGAUGGAUGCACGUUAUUGCACUUAGCAGCUGCUCUGAUGCUCUCAUGCGAGCGAGCGCUAUGUGCAUCACUCAAAUAGUGCAUUGCGAGUGAUUACUGCACCCGUAACGUAGCAUCUCUGAAGAUUCGCAGACAACGAGCAGCGUAGGUCGCUUGUACUGGGGAAAAAUAUGUAAACGUCGCUUUCUCCAAGAAUUAUUUCCUUCUUCAAAAGAUUGAAUAGUAGUGCAGCAUGGAGCUCGAGGACGUCGAAUCGUUAGGCCAGGAUAAUCUCAGCUAUCCUCACAUGUACAACGGGACCUACAAUGGAACUUUCGAAAACUGCCCAAACAACAACUUGCCCGUCGUGUACGUCGUCACGCAAGUACUCUACGCCCUGGUCUGCGUCGUCGGACUCCUCGGAAACACCCUCGUCAUCUACGUCGUUCUACGCUACUCCAAAAUGCAGACAGUAACUAAUAUGUACAUCGUCAAUCUAGCCAUCGCAGACGAGUGCUUUCUCAUCGGUAUACCAUUCCUCAUUAUCACGAUGUCGCUCCGAUCUUGGCCAUUUGGAAGCUUCAUGUGCAAGGCUUAUAUGAUAUCAACGGGAAUCAACCAGUUUACCAGCAGCAUAUUCUUAUGCAUAAUGAGCGCUGAUAGAUAUAUUGCUGUGUGUCACCCGAUAGCGGCUCCGAGACUCCGCACCCCACUUGUGUCGCGGGUGGUGUCCGCUGCUGCCUGGACUGCGUCUGCUCUCGUUAUGACGCCAAUCUUCAUGUACACCACCCUUAUUCCUACGGAAAAUGGCCUCUCAUGCAACAUUGUCUGGCCUGAACAAGAGUCAAGCAAGGGCCAGACGUCUUUUACACUUUACUCUUUCGCUUUAGGAUUUGCUGCUCCUUUGACUUUAAUAUUUGUCUUCUACUGUCUCGUAAUUCGUAAACUAAAAACUGUGGGACCAAAGAAUAAGUCCAAAGAGAAGAAACGAUCUCAUAGAAAGGUAACAAAACUGGUGCUGACCGUAAUCGCUGUAUACGUGCUUUGUUGGCUGCCGUAUUGGGCAUUCCAGGUGGCUCUGAUCUACUCUCCGCCUACUGAAUGUGCUAGUCGGAUCACCGUGACCAUCUUCCUUGUGGCAGCCUGUUUCAGCUACAGUAACUCGGCGAUGAAUCCUAUUCUGUACGCUUUCUUGUCGGAUAAUUUUAAGAAAAGUUUUCUGAAAGCUUGUACGUGCGCCGCUGGCAAAGAUGUGAAUGCUACACUGCACGUUGAGAACAGCGUAAUACCGAGGAAGCGAGGAGCCCAGGCGCGAGCGCAGGCGCGAGCAGCUGAGUCUAGGGGCGGGUUGUCAACAGCCACGUGUGGUAUCGCCGGAGGUUCGAGAUCUGAAGCAUCUACCGCUUUGACGUCGAGGUCUGUUGCAGUCAGUGAAGCCUUGCCCUUAGAGGCUCGGCCGGCAACCCUCGCGCCUCUCAUAGCGCCAAACGGGUUGUCGCACUCACGUCUUUGAGUGCGGGCCUCGCGCACUGGUCGGAAACCCUCCAGUGCCCUCAUAGAGGAGGAUACUCUCAUUGUGUCCAUAGAUUAGGAUUCUAAAACUUUGAAGUGAAUGUGUCCUAAAACCUGAUACUUUGUGGAUGUUACACCGUCACUGCAUUAUGAGAACGUAUAAAUAAUAUAAUUGAUUAUAUAAAUUGAGGGUAUGUUAUUCAUCUAUGAGGUUUUUAGCAAAACCUGACAGCUAGGGGGGACACGAGCCCAGUCCUCCUCAGCUGACGAGCGUCCAGCCGAAUUAGGUCUCCGGUCGGGGACCGCACCUGCUGUAACAUACGAGUAUAUAAGUCUUUUUUCGUCGUGUUUGUACAAAAUUGUGAAAAUGGUGUUAAUUCGGCCUAGGGUUGUAACGAUGAAUUUAUUAAAAAAUAUUUUUUUAUCGCCUAGCGAAAGUAAGAUUUACUGUAUUUGUAUACCUACUUUAAUUAAUUAUUCUGUAAAAAUGUACAUAUCGUGUAAAUAUUCAUACAGUUGUCAUAAUGUCAGAGUUGUAAUAAAAUUACGUUCGUGAA